UUAUUUUGGGCUUUGGGCUCUCAGUUCAGUUCAACAGUUAACUCGUUAUCAAUUGUUAAUUUCUCGUGGCUUUUCUUCCCCUUCAACUCAACCUAAACGACGAACACUGCGUUUUCAGUUUCAGCACCCAAAACUAUGGUUCUUCUACAGCUAGAUCCGUUUCUCAAUGAGCUCACCAGCAUGUUUGAGCGCAGCACUAAGCUUGGCUCUGUUUGGGUUACUCUUAAACGAUCAUCUUUGAAAUCUAAGGUGCAGAGGAAUAAAUUGGCCACUGCCGGUGAAGCAAUUGAGUAUAGAUGCCUUAUACGUGCAACUGAUGGGAAAAAGACAAUUUCUACUUCGGUUGGACCGAAGGAUCACCAGCGCUUUCAAGCUUCUUAUGCAACUAUCUUAAAGGCACAUAUGACUGCUCUAAAGAAGAGAGAAAGGAAAGACAAGAAGAAGCCUGCAGAGGCAGAUAAAAGAGAAGGGAGUUCAAAGAGACUGAAGAAGUCUUAAAAUAAUCUGCCUUGUGCGCCUGACGUUCUGCGCAAACUUUGUUUCCUGCUGACUCUGUUUAUGUUUCCCCCAGUUUUUUUUUUCAUUAGUAAAGUGAUCAAUGAAGGUGAAGGGGAAAAGAAGUGAAGGGAAAAGGGAAAAAGAAGAGAAAGGAUAAUUGAAUAAUUUUUGCAUUUUAAUCUUUAGAAAAUAUUCAUUGAAGUGGCAAUUUGUGAAAAUUUUCUCAGUUCCCCAGUUGGUUAUAAAAUGAAUCUUUCAGGAUAUAUUUCUUUUCCCCAA